GAAGUUUAAAAUUUUUUACUGUUUCGUUGCAUGUGUGGUUGUUAAUGCUUAUUCCAGCUUCGUAAUUGUGGUUAUUUAAUACGACUACUAACAGCUUAUUCAGAGUAAUUGUGGAUCGUAGUGUAUGUUUACUUUUUAGGGAAUCAUGGAUACUACUACAAGUAAGUUGCCAAAACCAUCAAAACUACCAACGAUGAAAAGUGCUGUACCCAUACCUAAACCUUCUAAACCUCCUCUGCAAACGCUCAGCACUGGACAAAGAUUAAUCAGAAGAUCAAAAUCUUUUUCCGACCUUUCAAAUUUAACCAAAGUUGAGUCAAUUUUUGAAAGAAAAAAACCUUUAAUGACAAUUCCAGAAAAUAAAAUAAACAACAGUAAACUGAGACGCCGAUCAAAAUCUAUUACUGAUAUAUCAAAAACAGCUCCAAAGAAAACGAUAAGUAAAGAAAAUAAAAUGGCACCAACCAAGAGACCUGCACAGAAGCCACCAGCGGGAGAAUCAAAACCGAAAAUAGCCAAACAAGCGUCAUUACCUAGUUGGGAUUAUAAAGGGAGGUUUCAACAACUCAGCGAAAAAUAUUCGGCCCAACAAGAAAGUUUAAAAAAUAUGAAAGAUCGAUUGUCUGGUCUUUCUGAAAUUGAAGACAACUAUGAAAAACUCCAGACAGAUUUGGAAAAGUUACAUACAGAGAAUAUUGGUUUUUCAAAAACAAUUAAAACAUAUGAAUCAGAAUUGGGGAUAUUAAGACCCAUUAAACCAAAGUACGAGACCUUACUGACUGAACAUGAAAUUGUAGAAAAAGAGUAUAGUCAAUUAAAAUCUAAACACGAAAUACUUGUGGAAAAGGAAGCAACAACAAGUGAAUUGUUAACAAAAACGACCGAAGAAAAUAAAGUGUUACAGGAUAAAUAUGGUAAAUUAAAAUCUGACUAUGAUAUAAUUUGCGUCGAAAAGGAAAAUUUGUCAAUAUCGUUGGAAGAACAAUUAAAAAAAAAUGCGGACUUGGAAAAUAUGUUGAGAAUUUUGACUCAAAGACUUCAAGAAAACACUGCCCAAAGAAGAUUGUUACACAACACAAUACAAGAUCUAAAGGGUAACAUUCGUGUGAUCGCACGUGUUCGGCCUCCCAUUAAUAGUGAGGAGGAAGACCGAAUCCAAUGUGUGAUAAAUUAUAUAGACGAAAAUUGUCUAGAGAUACGAAAAACUCGAGAAAGCAUAAGUGUAAGUGGAAAGAUUCAAGACCUAAAACAGGAGUUUACGUUUGAUAAGGUGUUUGGUCCUGAAAGCACACAACUGGAGGUAUUUGAGGAACUGGCACAAUUAAUACAGUCUGCACUGGAUGGGUAUAAUGUAUGCGUUUUCGCUUAUGGCCAGACCGGAUCCGGGAAGACGCACACAAUGCAGGGUAGUGAUACCAAUCCAGAACAUUUUGGCAUGAUUCCCAGAACAAUUGACAUGAUUUUUGACACAAUACACAAGUUGGAGAAAGAAGGCUGGACUUACAAAGUACACGCAAGCUUCCUAGAAAUAUACAACGAAAACGUGAGAGACCUGCUAGACCAUAAAAGUAACAAAGUCUGCGAAAUACGAUACAACGAAGGGAAAGGAACCACUGUAACAAACUUAACCAUUCAACCAAUCGAGUCUGCCAAAGAACUGAGACAUUACAUGAGAGUGUCUCAUAAAAACAGAGCAGUUGCCGCAACUGACUUCAAUGAGCACAGUUCUCGAUCACAUGCUGUUACGAAAAUUUAUUUAGAGUGCAGUCAUCAAGAAUCAAAUAGCGUUUAUUCUGGUUCUGUUAAUUUGGUAGAUUUGGCCGGUUCAGAAAGUGCCAAAACUAGUGCCAAUGACAGGAUUGUCGAAACCAAAAACAUAAAUAAAAGCUUGUCGUGUUUGGGAACUGUGAUGUUGGCUCUGUGCAAUAAAGAGAAUCAUGUUCCCUACAGAAACUCGAAGCUGACAUAUUUAUUGCAAUCCUGUUUAGGCGGAAAUUCGAAGACCUUAAUGUUUGUAAAUAUAGCUCCAUUUGAAGAAAAUUAUUUGGAAAGUAUAAAUUCAUUACGUUUUGCUUCUAGAGUCAAAGAGGUAAAACUCCAAUCUAAAAAGGUGAAACUAGCGUCAAACAUAAAAUAGAUUAGAAUAAUGAUUAUUUUAUAUAUAUAUAUAUAUUUCUAUAUAUGUUUUUAUUGAAUGCUACUGAGUGUGGUUAGUAUUAUAUUUUUUAUUGUAAUAUGUAUUUGUAUGUAUCCGUCAUUAAAAAUUGUAUUUAUAUUUUAAAAAUAAAACAUACCCAUAGUUUUUAAA